AUGUCCAGCGGCGUAGAGCGAGGACCAGAGUGCUGUGAGGGCACCUGUGCGCCUGUGCACGAGUUUGCUGGAAGCGCUCGCAAAGAGCAGGAGACCUCGCCUGACUUGCAGUUCGUGUUGCAGUACACGCUCGAGGGUCACCGAAAGGCCAUCUCCUCUGUGAAGUUCUCUCCUGACGGUCGUCUGUUGGCGUCUUCUUCUGCAGACAAGACGGUUCGGCUAUGGUCAGUCGCAGAUGGCAGACUAGUGGGCGUUCUCGAGGGACACGCGCAAGGCAUCAGCGACGUAGCCUGGGCUGGUGCAGCGUCCGCAGCAGCAGCAGCUGGCAGCGGGGCGAGUCGUUCGGCGAGCCUGUCGCGCUGGCUCGCCUCCGCGUCCGAUGAUCGCACGCUGCGGCUCUGGGAUGUGGAGCGGGGCGUCGCCGUGCACCGUUUCGAAGGACACUCCAAUUAUGUCUUCUGCUGCAACUUUAAUCCCCAGGGUAAUGUUUUGGCCUCGGGAUCGUUCGAUGAAACCAUUUGUUUUUGGGACGUGCGAAUGCGUCGAUGUCUACGGACGCUGCCGGCGCACUCGGAACCGGUGAGUGCGGUGCAUUUCAAUCGCGACGGAACCCUGUUGGUAUCUUCGUCGUAUGAUGGGCUUUGUAGGAUAUGGGACGUGCCUGAUGGCCGUUGUUUAUAUACGAUCGUUGGAGAGGAAAGCUUGCCUGUGAGCUUUGUGAAAUUCACCCCCAACGGGGGCUACAUCCUGGCGAAUACCCUAGAUAGCACGAUACGUUUAUGGAGCUACCGCGAUGGCCAAGGGCGGGUGCUCAAGACUUUGCGGGGACAUUGCAAUGCUCGCUACUGUGUAUUCAGCACGUUUGUGGUGACACACCCCGAGCACAAGUAUGUGCUGAGUGGUAGCGAAGACGGGUUUGUGUACCUGUGGAAUCUGCACACACGGAAGAUGGUCCAGCGCCUUGAGGCGCACACCGAUGUUGUGCUGGCAGUGGACGCACAUCCGACAGAUCACGUCAUCGCGAGUGGCGCCCUCGAACGCGAUCGCUCCGUCAAGAUCUGGUCAGCAGCAUCUGCGGAUGGACGUCUGGAUACCAACGCUGCGUAG